AUGGAGCUGGAGGAAAGAUUGACGUUAAUGAGAAUGCACAACUCUUGUAGGAGGAAGCUACGGCGACUACAUCCAAACUAUUGUCUGGCUUGUGUUUGCGUUUUAUUUUUCUUUGCUGUGGUCCUAAAAUAUGCCUCCUUGGACUGUGACCUGGAUGAUGCCAUUCAAACCGGGGAUGUGAAUAUCCCACACUGCCGGGAUCACUACUACAUGGCUUUGAACUUGUUGGCCAGUGGAAGAAAAAACUGUAGUAAAAUUAUUGAAGGUGACUGGGAUGAGGUAAGACAGACUUUGAUUGAUAACUUGGAUAUCAAAAAAAGGAAGGUUAUCACCAAUUAUAUCGAUUAUUUAAAACUUACCAAAGACUGUGCAACAUUUAAAAAAAAUAAGAAGUAUGUUCUGUUUAGUCUGAGCAAUGAAGAAAGACAUUAUCCUAUUGCCUAUUCUAUGGUGAUCCAUGGUGACAUUGAGAUGUUUGAGAGACUUUUAAGAUCAAUUUAUACUCCUCAAAAUAUUUACUGUGUGCACAUAGAUGUGAAAUCCCCAGACACUUAUCAUCAGGCUGUGCAAGCCAUAGCUUCUUGCUUUGACAACGUGUUUGUUGCAUCAAAACUGGAGUCGGUCGUAUACGCUUCAUGGUCACGAGUCCAGGCUGAUCUGAACUGUAUGGAAGACCUGUUGAAAAGUACUGUAGAGUGGAAAUACCUUAUCAAUACCUGUGGAACAGAUUUCCCUUUAAAGACCAAUGCUGAAAUGGUCACAACCUUAAAGUCAUUAAAUGGGAAAAACAACUUGGAGUCUGAAACACCACCUGCACAUAAAAAACGAAGAUGGGAAUACCACUAUGAAGUUAAAGGUCACAUAAUAAAGACUGAUGUUAGGAAAGAACCACCACCCUCAAAUAUGCCGAUUUUCACCGGCAAUGCAUAUAUAGUGGUCACCAGAGAAUUUGUGAAAUCUGUAUUUGAAACAGCCAUCGCAAGAGAAUUUUUGGACUGGGCAAAGGACACAUACAGUCCUGAUGAGUUUCUCUGGGCUACACUUCACAGGGCUUCCUGGAUGCCUGGAUCUCUUCCCAAGAACAGGAAAUAUGACACAUCAGACAUGAUUGCGCUAGCAAGGUUGGUGAAAUGGGGGAGUCUGGAGGGGGACACUAACCAAGGAGCCCCUUAUUCUGCAUGCACUGGGAAACACAGAAGAGAUGUGUGUGUGUAUGGGACUGGAGAUCUGCACUGGAUGCUCCAGCAGCAUCAUUUAUUUGCCAAUAAAUUUGACCCAAAGGUUGAUGAUCAUGCCAUUCAAUGUUUGGAGGAACAUUUAAGAUAUAAGUCUCUCUAUGAGAAGAUCAUGUAA